CCUCGGCUCAUUCCGUCGGUCGGUCCUUCCUGCUUCCCCGCACGUUUCGCGCUAUGGAACAGAGUCUCCUGUCCGCCAGCAGCACUUGAGGAGCCGGGAAGCAGCCCCCCGCGAUGGAAGAGGACCAGGAGCUGGAGAGAAAAAUAACUGGAUUGAAGACCUCAAUGGCUGAAGGCGGAGAGAAGACUGCCCUGGAAAUGGUCCAGGCAGCUGGAACAGAUAGAAACUGUGUGACAUUUGUAUUGCACGAGGAAGACCACACCCUAGGAAAUUCUCUUCGUUAUAUGAUCAUGAAGAACCCGGAAGUGGAAUUUUGUGGUUACACUACGACCCAUCCUUCAGAGAGCAAAAUUAAUUUGCGCAUUCAGACCCGAGGUGCUCUGCCAGCUGUUGAGCCAUUUCAGAGAGGCCUGAAUGAGCUCAUGAAUGUUUGCCAGCAUGUGCUUGACAAGUUUGAGGCGAGCAUAAAGGACUAUAAGGAUCAAAAAGCAAGCAGAAAUGAAUCCACAUUCUAGUCCCUUGUGCAAUAUACGUGGGGGGGCUAUCCUCUGGGAUAUUCUCUUCAUGAUCAUGCAGAGCCCAGGAGUAGAAUUUUGUCAUAGCAGCAUGUUCUGCCCUUUAGAAAGCCAUGCUUCUAGCAUUUGACCCAUUGCAACUGUUGGAUUCCCUGACAGAAACUCUGUAUUCUUCUAAUAAAUUCCCUCUUUUAUUUAAACUA